CGCCGGCCGUGACCUAAAUUUAAACGCCACCGCCACCGUCACAACUGCCAAGUCAUCAACGCCGCCGGAAAAUCCUCCCCUCUCCAAAUCCAAUCCAAUAAAUUCCAUACACACAAAAACCGCAAAAUCUCUAAUCCACUUGAAUAACUUGAAUCCUUCCUCCAAAUUCCACCGCCUAAUUUCGCGCAUUUCAAUUCGCUUCUCCGCCACCACCGAUUUGCCGCUCGCCGCGAAUUCCGGGGAACGAUCGGUGCAAUUUCCAUGACGCAUCGAUCCAAAUUAUGCUAAAGUCAAUCCGUGUGCUAUGCAUCAUUUCUGCUGCAUCACAUCGAUGAGCAUCCACACCAACUCCGACUUGCCGCCUCCUCCUCCCCCUCUCCCGCCGUCGGGCGAUCCGGUCAUCGGAAGGAGCCUGAGCGCGGUGGUGUCUAGGGCUCUCUCGUCGCGCGAUUCGCUUCUGGAUCAUGGCUUCUCGUUCAAUAGCAAUGUAUUCAGCCGUAGCCUGAGUCAGAAUCACACCAGCCGUGACCUGAAGAUAAAUGACAUUGUUGGGAAUGGAAUUUCGGGGAUUUUGCAUAAGUGGGUGAACUACGGGAAGGGGUGGAGGCCUAGGUGGUUCGUUUUACAGGAUGGCGUGUUGAGUUAUUAUAAGAUCAAUGGGCCGGAUAGGAUCAACCCGCAGACGGAGAAAGGAUCGAGAGUGAUUGGGGAGGAAUCGAUGAAGCGGUUGUCGCGGAAGUUUACCGGGCAUCGCAGGACUGGGAGCUGGGGCUCCAUGAAAGGCAGGAAACCUGUUGGAGAAGUUCAUUUGAAGGUAUCAACUAUCAGAGCGAGCCGAUCAGAUGAUCGGAGAUUCUCAAUUUUUACUGGUACAAAGAGGCUCCAUCUGAGGGCUGAUAGUGCAGAAGACCGCGUAGCAUGGCUUGAAGCUUUGGAAGCUGUGAAGGACAUGUUCCCAAGGAUGUCAACUAGUGAGGUAAUGGCUCCUAUUGAGACUUUAACCGUCUCAACUGAAGGGUUGAGGCAGAAAUUGUUGGAAGAAGGUUUGAGUGAGUCUGCGAUCGAGGAGAGUGAGCAGAUAAUGAGGAGUGAAUUUGCAUCGCUGCAAAAUCAGUUCAGACUCUUGAGCCAGAAGUAUUGGCUCCUUACUGAUACACUCCGACAGCUAGAGACAGAAAAGGUAGAUCUGGAGAAUACGGUUGUCGACGAAAGCCAAAGACAGUUUAAGGAUGUAGAAGCAUCUGCCAGAGCAAAAGAUAAGUAUAGUGGAAGUGCUACUGAAUCUGAAGAUGAAAAUGAAAGAGUGGAUGUGGUUGAUGAGGACACUGAUGAAGAAGAGAAUACUUUCUUUGACACCAGGGAUUUUCUAUCUUCCAGCUCUUUUAAAAGCAAUGGGUCUGACUUGAGGUCAUCGUCUUUUUCAUCUGAUGAUGAUGACGAGUUCAAUGAAGCCGAGGAUAAUACUGAACCUGGCAUCAAGUCUGCUGGAACAAACAUUGCUCAUGUUAAACGUCGGAAGAAAUUGCCAGACCCUGUUGAGAAAGAGAAAGGAGUGAGCCUGUGGUCAAUGAUCAAGGAUAACAUUGGGAAGGACCUUACAAAAGUAUGUCUCCCAGUCUACUUCAAUGAGCCUCUCUCUUCUUUGCAGAAAUGUUUUGAAGACAUGGAAUAUUCAUAUCUACUAGAUCGGGCCAAUGAAUGGGGGGAAAAGGGCAACAGCCUUAUGAGGAUUCUAAAUGUAGCUGCAUUUGCCGUGUCUGGGUAUGCCUCCACAGAGGGAAGAAUCUGCAAACCAUUUAACCCAUUGCUGGGGGAGACUUAUGAAGCAGAUUAUCCAGAAAAAGGCCUCCGGUUUUUCUCAGAGAAGGUUAGUCACCACCCAAUGGUUGUCGCUUGCCAUUGCGAGGGCACUGGCUGGAGAUUCUAUGGUGACAGCAAUCUGAGAAGCAAAUUUUGGGGUCGCUCCAUUCAGCUUGAUCCAGAGGGUACCUUAACUCUCGAAUUUGAUGAUGGUGAAGUUUUCCAAUGGAGCAAGGUAACAACAUCUAUAUACAACCUUAUUCUGGGAAAACUAUAUUGUGACCACUACGGUACAAUGCGGAUACAAGGUAACCGUGGUUACUCGUGCAAACUGAAAUUUAAGGAGCAGUCUUUAAUGGAUAGAAAUCCCCACCAGGUUCAGGGGCUAGUCCAAGACAAGAGUGGUAAGACUGCAGCAACUUUGAUUGGGAAGUGGGACACAAGCAUGCAUUAUGUCAAUGGUGAAUUCAAAGGAAAAGGGCAUAAUUCAUCAGAAGCUCACUUGCUCUGGAGACGUAGCAAGCCUCCGGAGUUCCCUACACGUUACAAUUUGACACGUUUUGCCAUUACACUCAAUGAGCUAGUUCCAGGACUGGAGGAAAAACUGCCUCCAACAGAUUCAAGACUGAGACCUGAUCAAAGGUGCUUGGAAAAUGGGGAAUACGAGAAGGCAAAUGCUGAAAAACUGAGGCUUGAGCAGAGGCAACGGCAGGCGAGGAAGAUGCAAGAACAAGGCUGGAAACCUCGUUGGUUCGCCAAAGAAUCCAAUUCUUAUCGCUACAUUGGCGGGUAUUGGGAAGCUAGGGAACAAAGCAACUGGGAAGGAUGCCCGGAUAUUUUUGGUCAAGUGCCUCCGGAUCAGAUUCCGAACGAGUGAGGCACCUCAUUUUUUUUUCAAUUUUCAUGAUAGUCUGUAGGUAAACAUUGAAAAAACAGCUGAUGAUUCAUGGUAGAUGUGUAUAGUUUUUUCGAAAUUUGAAGAUAUACAUUCUUGAAACUCUGAGAUUUCCUUUGUAGACAAACCAUUCCUUUCAAAUAUAAGGUACAUAAUUAAUUUCA